UCAGUAUAGUAAGUCUAUUGGGAUGAGACAGUGAGACAGGGGACCACUACAGGAAGAAUAGUUCCACGACUUGUAGUGGUGUUCUAGACUCUUUAAAAAGUGCAUCUACUUUUAUCUUUCGGCUGACUUGUUGACGACGUGAUGGAGUACAAAACAGAGGUUCGAUGUCUACAGUUCUGGGUUCUCGCCUUCUCGGUCGGAACCACUCUGGCCUUCUAUCUCAUAGCAGACUAUUAUAUGGACCCUGGUGUCAGCAAUGCCUUCGGUGGGAUAUGUAACAAACGUGUGGAGGACGCAUGCGUGUAUGUAAACAGUCACAUCAACCCACUGUACAUGUGGGAUUAUGAUGAUAAUGUUGACUGUGUGAUGACGCUUGACGCGGGUUCCAUGGCAUCAGCAAAGUUUAAGGUGGAAUGGCACCACUUCAAUGUCCAGCAUUCCACUUCCUGUACGGCCGACUAUUUGUCGAUAUACGAUGCGGAUAUGACGGAUAUCAGUAACUCGUCCCUCCUGAUUGGUAAAUUCUGUGGUGGUGUGGUGAACAUCACCGGCUACCCUACUCAACGAUACCUCACUUUCCAAUUCCACACUGACGGGUCGGCUAACGACAUUGGCUGGAGACUCAGAGCCACGCGCUAUGAAGCACCUCCCUGUCAGGAUGAUGAGUAUCUGUGUCCCAGUGAGAACAUCUGUAUCGAUGGUCGACUCAAGUGUGACGGUACCUACCAGUGUGCGGAUCUAACAGACGAGAACGACUGUACAUUUACUGAAGAGUUCAUCGGCGCUUUUCUCGCGCUUGGAAUGGGAGGACUGGUCGGUGUGGGGAUUGGCUGUAUUGGAGGCUGUGUGGCGAUAUGGGUAGUCGUCGGGGCAUUUACCUGCUGUAAGAAAUGCUGUAAGGUGUGCUGUUUCAAGUGCUGCUGCUGGUGGCCGUGCUGUAAGGGCCGCUGUGGAAAUCCACCCGCAAACUCAAAGGUAGGGCCGCAGGAGGUCGACGAGUGGGGCGAUGACUUCAAAAAAACAGCAAUGGAAGACGACAUAGCGAUAGUGGAUGAGGACAACGGCAAUGACUUCGGUAAUGACAACGAGGCGAACAAUGAAACCGAGCUGGGAGAAGAAGCCAUGGAGAUGACAAAAGAUGUUGAUGGUGGACGGCACACCUCCAUGUCUGGAGUUGGAACCGUCAAGGAAGAGGGACUGACGCAGGUCGUGUAGGGCGUUAUGACGUCACAUUGGAUACAUAGGUCAACAAUGGUUGAACCUGUAAGGUAAACAAUGGUUGAGAAUAGCAAGAGAGAAUAUCUACGGGAAUAUUAUAUUCCAUGCGAAAGUCGCUGAGAGUCAUCCGUACGAUUCGAUGGAUCUAAUCUUCUGUUCUAUAAACUGUUGACACUUUCAACUUCUACGCAAAUAUUUCUGUGUUAGCCUAAGUUCUGUACUUUUUCUGUUUUCUGUGAUCGAAUGAUUUCUACACUGAAUGAUUAUUUAUAUAUGUCUGUCUAUGGAGUCUAAUUUAAAGGUAGUGGGUGUGGAAAUUGUCACCCGGAAACAAAAGUAAAUCAACAAGAAAAAGUCACUUUUA